AUGUCAACAUCACCGCACCAACUCUUCCUCCUCGCCGACCACAUCAAACUCUCCCUCCUCGAACGCCAACGCGCCCAAUCCCUCAAACUUUCAGGCAACAACACAAACGAUGGUCCCCUGACUCGGUCGCUCGAGUCUCUACGCGCUGGCAUAGAAACCUUGGCCUCCAAUGUCGAAGAGCAAGAAUCCACAGUGUAUCCGNACCUGCAAACUCAACUCUCCAAACUACGCAAACAAUACGAAGACCUAAAUGCGCAAUUCAAUGGCCAUACCUCCACAACAGCCACAACGACGCCGAAUGACAGUAGUCUAGCCCCCGACUUUGCAGCCGCGACUUCCACUCCACAACGCAACAAAUCCGUGCGCUUCGAUAAACAAUACCGAGACUCUUCGCCCGAAGACGCCAAUCGUGGGAAGUUGUUCACCUCUUCUUCUGCUUCGCAAGAAGCGUAUACCGAUGACGAGCCCGCCGUACCCGACCAAACAGACCUGAGCAAUCAGCAGAUUCACGCGUACCAUAAGCAAGUGCUGUCAGAUCAGGAUGCGCAACUCGAUCAACUGUCGAGCAGUAUAGGAAGACAAAGGAUGCUGGGUAUACAAAUGGGAGAUGAGAUGGACCAUCAGAAUGCACUCUUGGAUGAUGUGGAAAGAGGCGUUGAUCGUUUCCAAGGAAACCUUGAUCGUGCAAGAGGACGACUAGGCAAGGUGGCGAGGAAGGCAAAGGAUAAUUGGAGUUGGGUGACGAUUGGUGUCCUGAUACUUAUCCUGGUUCUGCUGUUGGUAAUCCUGAAUUGA